UUGGUCACUCGUGGGGCCCCAAGUUGGGGUUAGUGUCACGCGCGGCUUUUGCCCGUUGUGACGUCACCGCUCGCGCCCUUAUCUCACUCAGUCGGCGUUUCCCGACCGCGUGCAGCAGUUCAAGCUCAGCCCAGCGGUUCCACCCACCCAGUUAGUGGCCGGCCAGCAGUAGUAGCGGCGGUAGUGAGCUCUGCUCCCGUUAGCGACGCCUCUUACGCCCCGCCCUGCCCCAUGUUCGGACCCGAUAAGCUGUCGGGGCAGCCGAAGCUGGACUGUGGUGGCAGGUUCGGGAAUAUGGCGUCUGUGGGGGAAUUUAACUCGUUCAGCGCUAGCGUCCCGGCCACCAAGGUGGAGCUGUCUGUGUCCUGCAGAAACCUUUUGGACAGAGACACAUUUUCAAAAUCUGAUCCAAUAUGUGUUUUGUAUACACAAGGUAUUGGAAGCAAAGAAUGGAGAGAGUUUGGAAGAACAGAAGUAAUUGACAAUACUUUAAAUCCAGAUUUUGUAAGAAAAUUCAUCAUGGACUACUUUUUUGAAGAAAGAGAGAACCUGCGGUUUGAUUUGUAUGAUGUUGAUUCAAAGAGUCCCAACCUAUCAAAGCAUGAUUUUUUGGGACAAGUGUUUUGUACACUAGGUGAGAUAGUUGGAUCACAGGGAAGCAGACUGGAAAAGGCAAUUGUAGGAAUUCCAGGGAAGAAAUGUGGAACAAUCAUAUUGACAGCAGAGGAGCUGAACUGUUGCAGGGAUUCUGUACUUAUGCAGUUUUGUGCAAACAAGUUAGACAAGAAGGACUUCUUUGGGAAAUCUGAUCCUUUCCUAGUAUUUUAUCGAAGCAAUGAAGAUGGCAGUUUUACAAUCUGUCAUAAGACAGAAGUUGUAAAAAAUACAUUAAAUCCAGUGUGGCAGGCAUUCAAGAUCUCUGUCAGAGCGCUGUGUAACGGAGACUAUGACAGAACGAUUAAAAUAGAGGUGUAUGAUUGGGAUAGAGAUGGAAGCCAUGAUUUCAUUGGAGAAUUCACAACAAGUUAUAGGGAAUUGUCUAGAGGGCAAUCACAGUUCAAUGUAUAUGAGGUCUUGGAGAAGGGCAAGCAUGGACAGUGGUGUCAGUGGGAUCACCCCAGAGGAGUGGGGGGCAAGUAUGAGCAGGACACAGAAGCACAAGCUAACUCCCCCAGAGAAGUGGAAGCAAAACUGUGUAGAAGGGGAGAGUCAGGAGCCCAAAAGCAGGUAAUAAAUCCAAAGAAAAAAGGAAAAAAGAAAAAGUAUAUUAAUUCUGGAACAGUAACAUUGCUUUCCUUCCUAAUUGAAACAGAAGUUUCAUUCCUUGACUAUAUUAAAGGAGGAACCCAAAUCAAUUUCACAGUAGCUAUUGAUUUCACAGCAUCAAAUGGUAACCCUGCACAGCCCACCUCGCUCCACUAUAUGAACCCGUACCAACUGAAUGCUUAUGGCAUGGCACUGAAAGCAGUAGGUGAAAUCAUUCAAGACUAUGAUAGUGACAAAAUGUUUCCUGCUCUAGGUUUUGGGGCUAAGCUGCCCCCAGAUGGAAGAGUAUCACAUGAAUUUGCUUUGAAUGGAAACCCUCAAAAUCCCUAUUGCAAUGGAAUUGAUGGUGUAAUGGAGGCAUAUUAUAGAAGUUUAAAAUCUGUACAGCUUUAUGGACCAACAAACUUUGCUCCAGUAAUUAAUCAUGUAGCAAGGAUUGUGGACACCAGAACUCAAUACGCUGUUCCAGCAGCAGUCACACCAUGUGAAAUACAGAGAUAUGCUUCCUCGGUAAAAGAUGGCUCCCAGUAUUUUGUUCUUCUCAUUAUUACAGAUGGGGUUAUUUCAGACAUGGCUCAAACAAAGGAAUCAGUAGUUAACGCAUCAAAGCUUCCAAUGUCAAUAAUUAUAGUAGGAGUUGGACCAGCAGAGUUUGAUGCUAUGGAAGAAUUGGAUGGUGAUGUAGUCAGAGUCUCCUCAAGAGGAAAAUAUGCAGAAAGGGAUAUUGUACAGUUUGUGCCAUUCCGGGAUUACAUUGACAGAAGUGGAAACCAUAUAUUGAGCAUGGCCAGACUUGCUAAAGAUGUCUUAGCUGAAAUCCCAGACCAGUUUCUCUCUUACAUGAGAGUCAGAGGAAUCAAGCCAUCACCUGCACCACCUCCAUACACACCCCCUCUUCAUGUGUUACAGACUCAGAUAUGACUACUCCAAAAAGGUUAACACUUGCCACAAACCAUGUAGAGUUACUGAGUCAGUGGUGCACUUUAAAGAACCAGUGAAUCGAGACUGUUGUCUGUCGGGAUGAAGUAGUAGCUUGUGAUAGGUUUUUGGAUCGAAACAAAUUCUCUUCAUAUACCAAAAUUCUCAAUAUGGUUGCAUGAGCAACUGAAAAGCUUUUAAACGCUAUUCUCUUCAAGUCUUAUUGUUUUCUGACUGAAAAAGCUACUUUUUCAUUUAUUUGUUGGGGGAAAGCACAAGUCACAGUUUCAACUCAGAAGAUAUUGUUCUCCCUGACUGCUGUGUGUAUAUAAAUAUAUAGGAAUGCAAUUCCUCUGUAUCAAUGUUUACAUGUUACUACUUUUUAAAUUUAAAUACUUUUAUAAAUAUUCUUAAGAAUAAGAGUUUGGAAUAUUGAAUCAUGUGUCUUCUAACUUGCAAUAGUUAUAGCCACAGAAGAAGCAAUAUCUCUUUGAAUGAUUGUCCAGACAAAUAAAAGCGCAGAACUAAAGAAAAAGAGGACAAAUACAUUCAUAUUUCUCAAUAACUGAAUUGCUUCAUGUAAGUGCUUAGUAGUCAAUUCAUCUGUCAAAAUUUAAAACAGUAUUUGAGAAAAAAAUCUGGAGAUGUGAAUAUUGUAACUGUAUUUGACUUACUAAUAAAGCUAAGCCUCAGGAAGGGGGUUACGUAUUUUUCAGAGAUACUCCAAUUUCUAAAUUUAUGUAAGUUUACAUUUUUUAAAAUAGGUUUUGCUGGCUGAAUAGAACAAUUGCAUACUACACGUAAUUAAAGAAGAAUUACCUCAAGUCCCAUAGCUGGCUGACUUAACUUAGUAGAAUCAUCUCAUACAUUGCUUAAUAGCAUUAGCACUUUUGCUUCUUAAAACUAUUUUCAAGUGAUUACAACAGACUUUUUAUAAUAAACCGUUUUAAUGCUCAUUUAAAAUGUAAAGUUGUCACCUAUUGUCUAGAUUGCCAAUUCAAAGGGAUGCUGGCUCUUAAUAUUUGGAUUCAAUUGUUGUCAUCUAAUCACAUUGCUAUUCGAAGUGCACAGAUGCUAAUAUUUCAUGAAUUAACUGAUUUAAAAAUUGCACAGCCAUAUUGCUUUGUGCACAAUAGUUUUGUGUAUUUAACAACCCAACAUUUUACUAUAUGCCUGUUCGUAUCUAAUUAUAAAAUGUUUUGCAUGUACAGUUUUUACAAGAAAUUCACAGUAUUGUGAGUAUAUGUGUCAAAGAUGCAUUAUAUUUAGAAUAAAUGGCCUUAAAUCUCACAAAAUUCCUGGAAAUGAUUGUGAAUUGCCUUCAAAUUCUGUUAAGACUGAAAAAUGUUUUAUUUUUUGUGUCAUGAUUGUAACUACCUUGUAAUGUGACUUUGUUUUCUUUACAUAUAACUGGUUUAUUACUUUUUCUUACUUCUAUAUGUUGUACUGUACAGUGUCAAAGUAAGGCACAUUUUUUAAGCAUGAAAAGAGUUUUUGCUGAAAAACAUAUUUGCAGUAUCAAUGACAUAUAACUAUGUAAGUGCAGAAUCUUCCAUUUUGAAAUAUAUUAAAACUUAAAUUUAAUAUCUCA